UAUUAAAUUAAUUCUAUUUAAAUACAAGGAAUCAUUAAACUUAUCAAUAAUUGAAUUAAGUUUUAAAUACAACUAUAAAAAAAUGUCUCAAUCUGCGAUUUUUAAAUAUAGUGUCAAAAAUUAUUUUACUAAAAGAUUAAUAAGUCCUUCUAAAUGUUUAAGAAAUGGGUAUGUAUUUAGAAACCAAAGUUCAAAAAGUACAAAAACUAAAACAGCUAGUUCAGUGUACGGGACUAUGAAGAUUUUUGAUAGAAAUGCGAAAAUCUUACAAAAAGAACGCGCGGCGCAAAGAGAAGAUUAUCAUUUGGCAGAAUAUAUAAAAGAAGAGAUCGGUUGGAGGACUGCUGAUAGAGUCUUUGAUGUAAAAAGAACUUUUAAAAAUGCAGUUGAGUUAGGGGCAGGCAGAGGCUACGUUUCCCGCCACUUUCUACCUGACAGUGUGGAGAAGGUCACACUGUGUGACACAUCACAGACUCAUCUGGACAAAGCUAUCAUUGGUGAUGGAGUUAAAUAUGAAAAGGUUGUUAUGGAUGAAGAGAAUUUGGAUUUCCCAGAGGACAGUGUGGACCUGCUGGUGUCGUCAUUAGCGCUGCACUGGGUCAACGACCUGCCGGGAUGUUUCGACCGUGUCAUGCGCUGCCUCAAGCCCGAUGGGGUGUUCCUGGCGAGCGUGUUCGGCGGCGGCACGCUGGUGGAGCUGCGGCAGGCGCUGCAGCUGGCGGAGACGGAGCGGCGCGGGGGCGUAGCGCCGCACGUCUCGCCCUUCACACACGUGCAGGACAUCGGGGGGCUGCUCACCGCGGCGGGGUUCACGCUGCAGACGGUGGACGUGGAGGCGGUGACGGUGUGGUUCCCGAGCUCGUGGCAUGUGAUGAGAGACGUGCGGGCGCUGGGAGAAGGUAACGCGGCGCUGGCUCGGCCGCCGCACUUGUCGCGCGAGCUGCAGUUCGCCGCCGCCGCGCUCUACGACGAGAUGUACGGCAAGGACUUCCCGGAGAGGGGGAGCCGCGGAGUGCCGGCCACCUUCCAGAUCAUAAACUGGGUGGGGUGGAAGCCGCACCCCUCGCAGCCCGCGCCGCUCCCCCGGGGCUCCGGCGAGGUCUCCCUCAAGGACCUGCACCGACUGGAGGAGAUCACCAAACAAACCCACAAGAUACAACUCCACACUGAUGAUGUCAAUAAUAUCAAAUAA